GAAAAAGUCAUGACAAAUGUGUCUGUGGUACCUGUAUUUAGCUUCAUUUAAUUCACGAUCACAGCACAUACCAUUACCAUAGGAAGGUAUGUGCUGUGGUUUCAUUAACCAGUUUAACCUGUAGUUUUGGUUGAUAUUGGCAUUUGUUUUUUUUUUUAAUUUUAAAAUCUUCUGUUCAGAUAGGUAAUUAUCAUGGCAAAAAGUGGAGUGUAUGAUACAAACAAAAGUGAACUUUCGGUAGCAGAGGAAAGCUCAAUUAAUGAUGCUUUGGGGCCCGAAGCCAGAUUUGAGUGUCCAAUUUGCUUAGCUUGGUUAAGAGACCCUGUUUUAACUUCUUGUGGACAUAGGUUUUGCAGGAAUUGCAUAUAUCCUUGGUUGGAAAGGGGUAAAGCCUGUCCGGUUGACAACAUGAAACUAAAUGAAGCAGAUAUAUUUCCAGAUAAUUUUACAAGAAGAGAAAUAUCGCAACAGCGUACCAAGUGUCCGAAUAUUGUCAGGGGAUGUCUAGCCGAACUUUCUCCAUUGGAUAUUGAAGCUCAUCUUUUAGUGUGUGAAUAUAAAAUACCUGAAUUACCUGAUAACGAAAAAUUAAGAUGUUCUUUUGUUGACGUUGGUUGUAAAGAGAAGUUUGAAGAUGAACCUAAACUUACUAAACAUUUAGAAGAACAGAUUCAAAUGCAUUUAGCUCUGCUUUCGAAAGCAUAUUCUUCACUUUCUAUUAACAAAAAUGAACCUACUAGUUCAUCAAGUAUAGCCCAACAAGCUAAUUUUUGGGAUCCGCCACCAAAGAACUCAGAACCUUCAGCUUUACAUGAUGACAAUUUGCAGGAAUUGUUAAAAACCUUAUAUGAAAAAAUAGUAUAUCUGGAACAAAAAUCCCGAGAACAAGAUAUAAUAAUAGCAAAUAUGUCUCAACAAAUUGCAUCGCAAAGUCUUCCCAUGACCAAACUCAAUCAACUUUAUUGUAACGGUUGCUACUUGUGGUACGUUAGUGAUUUUAAAAGCAAAAUGACAGCUAUGAGAGAAAACCCACAUGUCAUGUACUACAGCACUGGAUUUUAUACGAGUCCAAACGGGUACAAGUUAUGUGUCCGUUUAAAUUUAUCCCCCAAAGAUAAUAACUACAUUGCGAUUUUGAUCCAUGUUAUGAAAACUGACCAUGACCAUACUUUAGAUUGGCCGUUUACUGGAAAGUUAAGCAUAACUUUAGUGCAUCCUACUCAAUCUUUCAGAAGUAUUAAAGAAACAAUGAUAACCCGUCCAGAACUAGAUGCAUUUAAACGUCCAGUUCAAGAUAUGAAUUCCAAAGGAUUUGGAUAUACGGAGUUCGCUCUAUUGGAAGAGAUAGUUGAACAAGAUUUUAUUUCUAAUAAUCAGCUAUUAAUAAAAGUUCAAGCUCAAACUGUAUGAUAGUUUUUAAAAUGUUUUUUAUAAGUUUAUAUUGCAUACGUACUUAAAUAUAAAAGAAGUAUUUUUAUAAAGGUCUGAACGAAUUUAAAGCGCGAAUAUUAAUUCUGUUAUAAACAGGUAAUGUUAUAAGGAAAAAUAAAAUUUUAUAUUUAUUAUAUUGCUUUUUAUUAUUCAUAUAAUAAUGUAAAUUAU